CGCACCGUACAUCGCUUAAUGGGUGAUUCUCCUUAUUUACCGGCAUUAAUUAUUCGAUUUCGGACUAUUUUGUGAAUAUAUUUGUAUCAAGCGGGAUUAUUGCGAAUAGUGUGAACACGUGACCGGCCGUUAGUGGAUUUGCGGGGCGGACUGGGAGAAGUGAGCGUGGACCAUGCAUACACGCUGGACGGGAUGCGGAUCCCGUAGUUUCGCAUACGCUGUGCUGAGCGGCGUAGCGGUGUUGUUGGUGGCGCUGGUGUCGCGGCACACCGUCAGUGGUCAGUACGGUGGCUAUGCCGGUGGCUACGGAGGCGGCUACGGUUACGCCUCGCCGUACUACUUCGUGGCGCCGUACGGGUACAACGUGUCGACCAACCCGUCGUACCUGCUCGGCUACGUGCUGCAGGUGCAGUCCCUGCCGACCUACGUCAACAACGCCACCUACGGCUACGGCUACCUGCCCACCUUCUACCAGGGCUACUACCCGGGCGCGCUGCCCCCCAACUACGGCUACCCCAACGGCCCGCCGGGAUACGGCGGCGGCUAUCCCGGCGGCUUCCCCGGCGGUUACGGGGGCUACGGAGGCGGCUUUCCGGGCGGGUUUCCUGGGUGAUAAUGCCGGAAAAGAAUGCCCGUCUUCCGCCGCUUAACCUGGAUACCCGUUAGGCACGUAGUGAUGCUGGAUUGAAAUGGCUCAAGUACCCUGCAUUAUCUGCACAGAAUAAUAGCAAAUUAAACCAUGGCUGUAGCUGGCUACAGCGCCCUCCAUCGUUCGCCGCCGGACCGGCACACAACCAAGAAAUUUUGUGAUGAUAAUAUUAGUACAUUUGUAUAAGUACCCAGCCAGU